CGACCAACACGAGCGAGAGAAGUGCAAAACCAUCGCUGCAUCUCCUUUACGAGCUCUAGUAGGAUUUGCACCCUUCGUCUUUUCUCUCUUCCUGCAUACAUUCGUUCACCUUCGACUUUCAAUUCCUCUGAAUACUUCGUGGUUACGACGAACAUUCCAUUUCGACAAUUAUCCAUCCCCAUCCCUGGCUUCAAUUGAGACAGCAACCAGUACAGCCUGUACCACAACAUCUCUAUUCGCCGCACAACAACACUGCAUGAUUCGACCGCAGCACCCAUAACCGGCUGAGCAGGAUCAAGGAAUUGUUGCCAACGAGAUCUUACCUCACUCUCCCCAACUGAGUACUGUCUCUUGAUAUUACCUUCACUUCGAUCGACGAUUCACGAGAACCACCCAGCCUUGACCUGAUUGCGACAACCAGCAUACGGCUCCCCAGACUCUUUCUCGCGGCUGAAAUCUUUCUUUUUACAUCCCUCGUUCUCACAAACACCAUGAGACUCCUCCAGCGAUCUGCUGCCGUUGCAGUCACCUUUGCGAUGGCUGCUUCAGCGGCAUCGACUCUUCCCAAUCUCUCCACGGCAAGCGCAGCUACAGGAACAGGAUCCGCAUCAAAUACAGCCUCGGCCACAACAGGAGGAAGCACAAGUGGAGCGUCAACGAGUGGAAGCACAUCAGCCAGUGCCGUUACAAUUACAGGUUCCGGAUCAACAGCAUCAUCCUCAGGGUCCAUUCCCACCAUCACAGGAACGAGUGCCACCAGCGACGCUGCGCUUACAGGCCUGCCAACAUUGUCAGGCGCUGUGCAACCGGUCACGGUCACUGUGCCCAAUCUCUCAAAUGCUCCAUUCAUGCAGACAAGCAGUUUACCUGAUGGAACUGUUUUCAUCGUUGUCGGUGCGAUCCUUGGAUUCAUGGCUAUGAGUGUUCUUCUAUGGCGUGGUCUAGUUGCUUGGACUUUGCACCGUUCCGUGACCCGUGCUGCAUCUCAACAGAACAUGGACGACAAGAAUGCGUUGUUUCGAACUCCUGCUCCUCCAGCGCCUUUCUACAAGUACUCAGAUCGAGACUCUACGAUAUCGUUAUCUGGCUUAGGACACAAGAGCAAGAAGAGCAACCGCCCAGGGACUGGUGGAGCUGGCGCAAGCACUACCAAUCUUUUCUUCUCGCCCACUGCAGGUGCUGCAGGCGCUGGUCUUGGUGCGGGGAAUCGUGGAAGCAAUUAUCUUCCAGCAGGAUACUAUGCUGCCGGAGCUUCUGCACCUGGAAACGGACAGGGUCAUAUUCCCGUUGGAGGGCAAGGACACUCACAGGGCAUCUCUAUGUCGACAUUGCGACCUGAAUCUCAGGGUUAUGGUCGUGCUAGAAGUUUGGGACACAGCCCACCAGAUAGCCCAGGACUUUCGGCCGAUAGGGGCCAUAUGGCCAGCUCAAGUACUCUGAACUUAAGCCAAGGCUAUGGUGGUAAUGAGAGAGCUCCGAGUGCUUAUUUGGAAGAUUUGAUAGAUGGCGACUCCACCAUUCCCCCUGGGCAUGGCCGCAUCUGAACGCUCAUCUGGCAUCAUCCGAAAAUGGCAUGGAAGAAGGAGUGCUUUUGCGUCAAGCAUCAACAUUGGGUUGGUUGGAAAAGGGUGUGUAUUUUGACUGCACUUGUAUACUGGUUCCUUUGUCUUUUCUGGCGAGACAGGCGUCUUUAUGGUGGAGGAUUUGUUGCAUACAGGCCUGGAUAUUCCCGCCAGCCUGGGUUCCUGAUAGAGGAAUACAAGCCAACCACAGCGAACCGCGCUGGAGAGUGUGGAUAGUGGUAUAGUGUAAAUAGUAAUGAUGUUGAGUUAUAGUUCACUUGCAC